UUACUAACAAAAAAAAGACAAUAUUGUAGGUGCAAAUAUCCAAUUUGUGUAGUUGCACUUGUAUGCAAGUGUAAAAACACAAAUGAACCCAUGUGGAUUGUGCCAAAUCCAUACAUUACAUUAUAAAAAACCCACCUUGCCUUAUCACUCAAAAUCCCUUUCUCCACCCUAUCUUCUUCUCCUCUUCUCUUCCCAUUCAAUCCUCUCUGCAAAUUUCUGUAGAGAAAGGGGAGAAAAUCAAGUAAUCCCAUCAAACUUUACCUCUAAAUUCUCACUUGUACCCAUUACAAUGGCAUCUUCUUCCAUUGUUGGGGUUUCUUCCUUACUUUACCAAACACCUUCACUUCAAAUACCAGCAAAACACCCAAUUCCUCCUUCCUUUUGUCUCCCACUUUCUGGGUCAAAGCUGAGAACUUUGAAGUGGGUUUCCUCUGCAAUUGCAACUCCUAACUCUGUAUUGAGUGAGGAAGCUUUUAAAGGUCUUGGGGAUUUUUCUAAAGGCUCGUUUGCUGUUGGUGAUGAAGAGGAGUUUGAUGAAGGUGAAGAAGGAAUGGAGUUUGAGAAUGAAGGUGAAAUUCAAGGUUCUGGAGUUAGUGAGGAUGAACUUGAUGUUGCAAAAUUGGGUCUUCCUCAAAAGCUUGUUGAGUCUCUUAGCAAACGAGGCAUUACUCAACUUUUCCCCAUUCAGCGAGCUGUGUUGAUUCCUGCUGUGGAAGGUAGAGAUAUUAUUGCUCGAGCAAAGACCGGGACUGGAAAGACACUUGCUUUUGGGAUUCCAAUACUCAAACGCCUUACUGAAGGGAGCGAGGAAAGAAAUUCUCAAAGACGUGGACGGCUUCCAAGAGUUCUAGUACUAGCUCCAACGCGAGAGUUGGCUAGACAAGUUGAGAAGGAAAUGAAGGAGUCUGCACCUUACUUGAACACCGUUUGCGUUUAUGGAGGAGUUUCCUAUACUGCCCAACAAAGUUCUCUAAGCCGUGGAGUUGAUGUGGUGGUAGGAACUCCUGGUAGAAUCAUUGAUUUAGUCAAUGGUAACAGCCUCAAAUUGGGAGAAGUUGAAUUUUUGGUUCUUGAUGAAGCUGACCAAAUGCUGGCAGUUGGGUUUGAGGAGGACGUGGAGGUGAUAUUGGAACAACUUCCAGCUCAAAGGCAAAGCAUGCUUUUUUCGGCUACUAUGCCUGGGUGGGUGAAAAAAUUGGCAAGAAAAUAUUUGAACAGUCCUCUCACAAUUGACUUGGUUGGUGAGCAGGAUGAAAAGUUGGCCGAAGGGAUUAAAUUGCAUGCAAUUUCAACCACUGCAACUUCAAAGCGUACUAUUCUUAGUGAUGUUAUCACGGUCUAUGCAAGGGGUGGAAAAACCAUUGUGUUCACACAGACAAAACGAGAUGCCGAUGAAGUUUCUUUGGCAUUAUCAAAUAGUAUUGCUUCGGAAGCAUUGCAUGGAGAUAUAUCCCAGCACCAACGUGAGCGGACAUUGAAUGGUUUUCGGCAAGGAAAAUUCUCCGUGCUAGUUGCCACUGAUGUUGCUGCCCGUGGUCUUGAUAUACCCAAUGUUGACCUGAUUAUUCAUUAUGAACUUCCGAACGAUCCGGAAACUUUUGUGCAUCGUUCGGGUAGGACAGGGCGUGCAGGUAAGGAAGGGACAGCCAUUUUAAUGUACACGAGCAGCCAAAGAAGAACAGUCCGAUCUCUCGAAAGAGAUGUAGGGUGUAAGUUUGCGUAUAUAAGUCCCCCUUCCGUUGAAGAGGUCUUGGAGUCGUCUGCUGAUCAGGUUGUUGCUACGCUAAGUGGGGUUCAUCCCGAGUCCAUCAAAUUCUUCACUCCAACAGCACAGAAAUUACUUGAAGAGCAGGGAACUGGGGCCCUUGCUGCGGCAUUAGCUCAUUUGAGUGGCUUUUCCCAACCUCCAUCAUCAAAAUCUCUUCUUAGUCAUGAGCAGGGGUGGACAACAUUACAAUUGACCCGUGAACCCGGCUAUUCAAGAGGAUUCUUAUCGGCUAGAUCUGUUAUGGGAUUUUUAUCCGAUGUUUAUGUAACUGCUGCGGAUGAAGUUGGAAAAAUUCAAUUAAUUGCAGACGAGAAUUGCCAAGGUGCUGUUUUCGAUCUUCCCGAGGAAAUCGCAAAGGAACUACUGAAUAAAGAGAUACCUCCGGGAAACACACUAUCCAAAAUCACUAAGUUGCCUGCAUUGCAAGAUGAUGCGCCUCCCAGUGAUAACUAUGGAAGAUUUUCUGGCAGAGGAGGACGUGGAGGUUCGAGAGAUAAAAGAGGAUCACCACGAGGCUGGGGUCGGAGUCAGGACUUUGAUUUUGAUGAUAAUGAUGACAAUAUGUUUAGGCGUGGUGGUGGUCGCAGCUCGAGGUCUAGCAGUGGAUGGUCUUCUAGCUCGAGAAAUGAUUCUGGCAACAGGUGGUCCUCAAACUCUAGAAGCGGUGGGGAUGAUUGGCUAAUUGGCGGUGCUGGUAGACGAUCAAAUAGGUCGUCAUCAUCCUUUGGAAGCAGGGACAGGAACUUUGGUGGCGCGUGUUUCAACUGUGGAAAACCUGGACAUAGGGCGUCCGAUUGCCCCAACUAACAAUCAUACUAGAAGAUUUGCUUCCCGACCUACACGAAGGUUGCUGCGAUUUGAACGGACAAGGAUGAGUACGUCACAGUUUCUGCUCUUAUUCCGGAUGAAAUAUACACUCUUCAAUGUAACGAGUCAUUCAAGAAAUGCUGUAAAUGGAAUCCCGGUUUUGAAAUCCCGUUCGAUCAUUCAGACUUUCAGAGCUUCACUGAUUCGUCGCUGCAAACAAACGAGCUCACAAACAGGAGGAAGUUUCUAGAUAGAAUGUAGAUCAAUGCAGGCAAUUUUUGGUGUAUACUAUAUUGCAGUUAUGAAAACUAAAAGCUUAAGGUGGCCCUUUUUAUGGGUAAAAUCCAUCUUAUUUUUUUGACAUUUUGUUGGAUUGUAAACAAAAAAUUGUUGUAUGGUAAAAACCCAAACCUAAUCUUUUUUGAACUAACAGUUAAAUACUGUUUUUGCAUC